AUGAGUUACAAUGAAUCAUUUAAGGCAAUGAGAGCGCGAACUCCUUUCGCCCUAUGGAAUGGACCAACCGUGGUUGCUUGGCUGGAGCUAUGGGUUGGUAUGCCUGCGUGGUAUGUAGCGGCUUGCCGUGCUAAUGUUAAGUCUGGCGCUAUAAUGUCUGCUCUGAGCGAUCAGGAGAUUCAACGAGAGAUUGGUAUCAGUAAUCCUUUGCACCGGCUGAAACUUCGAUUGGCCAUCCAGGAAAUGGUGGCCUUAACUUCUCCAUCGGCUCCACGAUGUGCGCGAAUGACGUUAGCGUUUGGUGAUAUGAACCACGAGUGGAUAGGAAAUGAUUGGUUGCCGAGUUUGGGCCUUGCUCAGUACAGAAAAGUUGACCAAAUUCAAAGUGAAGUAAUUUAUGACACAUCAACACCCUGCUAUUGCCACAAUGGUGUUUCAUGA